CGCGGGUCCUGUGGGGGCGCUGCAGGGCCGCGCAGCUGUUCGCGCCCCGCUGAGGAACCCGACGAGGAAGCAGAACAAGUUAAACGUGUAUCAGCUGAGCUGGCUGAUGUGACAACUCGAUUUCAUUGGACGUUAUCUUGAUUUUACAGCACGACUAUAGAUCAUUGGGAUGGAGAAUGACAUCAUCAUCAUCUCUCUUGAAGAUUUAGGGUACCAAGGCCCUCUGUUGGAGGAAGGAGCUCUGGAUCCCGCUGUGAGCAGAGGAGCCGCCUCGCCCGAGUUCACCAAGCUUUGUGCCUGGAUCGUCUCCGAGCUUCGCCUCUACUGCAAGCUGGAGGAGAAUGUCCACGCCACCAACUGUCCCAGCGAGGCAGAGGGCUUCCAGCUGGAGAUGAGCGGCCUGCUGUCAGAGCUCGCCUGUCCUUACUCUGUCCUCACCAGCGGAGACGUCACCAAGAGGCUCCUGAAUAGGACCGACUGUCUGCUGCUCCUCACCUAUCUGGUGUCGGAGCUGGAGGCGUCGAGGAUGAUCCUGGUUACCAAGCCUGAGAAGAAAGCCCAGCAGGCAGGCAGCCCCAUGUUCCAGGAGCUGAAGGGGAUCUGCAUGUCCCUGGGCAUGUCCAAGCCUCCAGCCAACAUCACCAUGUUUCAGUUCUUCAGUGGCAUUGAGAAGAAGCUGAAAGAAGCCAUGAGUAAAGUCCCGCCUCAUCACGUAGGAGACCCCUUGAUGAAGAAGGCCCUUGGACCUAUGCACUUGGAAAAAAUUGAAGCUAUAAACCAAGCUCUUGUAAAUGAGUAUGAAGUGAGAAGAAAGAUGUUGUUGAAACGCCUCGAUGUGACUGUGCAGUCCUUUGGUUGGUCUGACCGAGCAAAGAAGCAUGCUGAAAAGUUGGCCAAAGUGUACCAGCCGCUGCGCUCCGCUCUGGACACCAAAAGUAAGAUAUCUGCUGCACAACUUCUCGCCGCUCGACAAGACUUCUCAAAUAUUCUACGCACAAGCAGUGGCAAGAUGAGAGAGAAGACUGCCUGUGCCAUUAAUAAGGUUCUUAUGGGCCGAGUUCCGGAUCGAGGAGGCCGACCCUGUGAGAUCGAGCCUCCUCCCCCUGAGAUGCCCUCCUGGCAGAAGCGUCAGGAUGCUCCCCAGGGGGGACACUAUAGUGGGAGUGGGCAUGGAGGCAGCAGGGGGGGCUAUGAUCACUACUCCCAAGGUGGCCGUGGAGGAUAUGAGCGAGGCGGCGGCGGAGGAGGAGGAGGGGGGCAUGUGGACAGGGGAGGUAGAGGAGGCAGAGGAGGUAAAGUGCAAGGAGGCUGGGGGGACGGUGUUGGAGGAGGAAGAGGCAGUUACAACCACUAUCAAGAUGCUGGAAGUCAUCAAGGGGGAGGAGGGAGAGGUGCCUACGCAGGAGGAGGGAACAGCCAAGGAGGCUUCCAGGACCCUGGCUACCAUGGAGGAGGAGGAGGUGGAGGUGGUGGUGGUGGUUACCAUGACAAUCAGCAACAAGAUGGAGGCUGGCAUCAGGAGAGAGGAGGCGGGCGAGGAAGUCGUGGCAGCAGGGGAAGAGGAGGCCGAGGCAGGGGGUGGGGCGCCAGAGGGGGGCAGAAUUUUAACCAAGGCGGACAGUUUGAACAGUUCUUUCAACAUGGCGGGCAGCAAUACAACCAAGCUGGCUUUAAUCAAGGCAGACACUACACCAGUUGAAGACACAGCGGGGGGCAUCGCAGCAGAGUCCACUCAAAGAUUGACCACACAUUAUAUGUGAACACAUUGGAAAUGCCUUAUAAUCCGAUUUAAAAUGUUCAGCAUGGUUAAGUUGAGCCUUGUUUGAGGACGUAGGGGAUCCACACAGAUACUGUAAACACAGUACACGCGGUUUGACUUGUUUUACUACAGAGGGCAGUUUUAUUGUGGUCCUUUGUUUUUUCAUAAUGAUGUGCAUCGUUUUUCUGUCUCCAGUUCUUUCGUAGAGGGUUACGCAUCUGUUGGACUCUGCUGCUUUGACCUCCUUUUGACACUUAAUUAGCCUUAUAUUAGAUAUGUUUUUGAAAGACAGGAAAGCUGACUGUACAUCUGACAUCUGAAGUGCACUAUUGAACUCAUUAAUCAUUUCAUUGAAUUAGACAAUUACUUGAAAACAUCUUUCCAGUAUUAAUUUUGUUUGAGUAGGUUUUACUGGAUUCUCCUUUGUUACUUAUUUAAAUGUCAUCUUUUACUGCUCAUUUGUGUACAAAUCUGGAUGUUGGAAGGUUUGCAUGGGUGUGUGAAUGAGCAAUAAAAUCAGAAAUUUUGAGUUUGAGGGCUUUUGCAUGUAUGAAUAUUGUUGUUCAUGGAUAUUUAAAAUAUUAUAAUAAUGAUAAUAAAGUAUGUUGGUGGUAUUAUUUAAA